AAACGCGAGAGCACAGCGCAAGGCCGCCGGUCCCUUCUCCUCUCUCUCCCCCCCCCAGUUCCCACUGCUCGCCGCUGGAUCCUCCGCCCGCCGCGCCUCCUCUCCUGGACCCCGCCGCGGCGCCUGGCCGGAGAUCCGCCCGCCGGGAGGGGGGAGACGGGUGGGGUCGCUCCUCUCCUGCUCCCGCCGGUGAGUGGUGGUUGCUCUUCGGCCGCUGGAGAUCGGCGGGCGGCAGCGGUUGACGCCACAGGGCUUCGUGGUGCCGAAUUCCCCGGAAAUUUUGGGGGUUCAACGGAACCCCCAUGCCAGACGCCGCGGGGCUUGAAAUGGGCCAUAACGGCUCUAAGGGAACUCCAAUGCCAGGAAUGGAAGAAGGCACAACAAAGGAUUUGAAGAAGGUUCCCGCCUCCUUGGAGGCAAACAAGUCUUCUGGUGAUGAGGAUCUCGGCGGAGGGCCUGCCUUGACUGGGAGGAAAAGAAAGGAAGUGACGAGGGGUUCGGCGGAUGAGAAUGGGACUGUAACAAAAAGGGUGUUGAGGUCCAAUGCCAUGAGGCUGCGAGCUGAGGCUGAAACUGACAGUUUGGAGAGGAAACACUCUGAGGUUAUUGUUGAGGCUUGCAAAAGCGGGGUGCUGACAGCACAUGCUUGCAAUGGUGAGGAAGGCAAUGGAUUGGUUAAGGUGAAUGUGAGCAAUGUCUCGGAAGAGUCAGCUCGUCCUGAAAAUAAUAUGGAAAUGUCUGGUCUUUCCGCGACAGAAUUUGCCCAAGGUCAUGGCUUAGGCACUCAAGGUAACAUUGCAGAAUCUGACGAUAAGAGAAUCAAGUCAUAUGAGAACAUUUCUGCUGUAACUCACGAGGUGCAGAAUGAGUCUAGAGCUGGAACAAUCAGUUUGAGUGUUGAUGAGUCCCAAGCUAAUGAGGUGAUCCAUGGGCCUUGCCAGGGUGAGGUCAUAGACUUAGUUGCUGCAAAUGAUGAUAGCAAGAGCACAUGUUUAAGAAGCACCAGCCCAAACAGUGGAUUAGAAUCUGUUGAGCAUGAGGAUACAGUGGUUUGUACCGAUGGAGUGGUACCUCACAGUGGAGAUCAGAAAGUUGAGAAGCAUUCUCACAAUGACAAUUUAUGUACAGAAACUGAGAUUUCUUUGACUGAGAAUGGAAGAUGCACAGUAGAUAACCACACUGAUCUAACUGAGUGCACUAAGCAGGAUGAGAUGGGCAGUCCUGUGAAUGAAACCAAUGAUGCUUCAUCACGUGACAUUGUGUUUACAAGGAGAAAGUCGAUAUCUAGAAAAUCGUGUGAGGCAAAGCAGGUGAAAUGCGAAGAGGAGUUGCGAUUUGAGAAGCGAGUUACAAGGUCAGCUACAGUUAGACAGAGGGAAGUUUCUGGAAGCUCAUGCAAAACUACCACAAAUGAGGCUACAUUAGGAAGCAAAGGGAGGAAGAGAGAUGUUGUUGCUCACUAUACAAGGAAAGUGAGCAGUACAGUAUCCCCGAAAACUCACCAUGCUGAGCUGGUAGAGCGUAAUACCAUUAUGAAGAAGCAAACAGUGAAAGGAAAGGUUAUUGAUCGAAGAGACUUAGGUGUCACUGAGAAUGAUAAUCAUGCAAAUGCCACAGAGAAUGAGGAAUCAGAAAAUGAAACAAAGGUAAAUUUGAAGUCGCAACCACUUGCGAGAAGCAUCAGCAUUGUCAAGAAAGCAACUGAAGCUGCUGUUUCUGCAGUGGAUCAGAAUAUCUCUGGUUCAGCCAUCACUGAGAAAAAUGAUAUGGAGCAUACGGAUUCUGAUGGAGUUAAAUCCGAAAAUAAGACUCCUGUGCAGAAACCAGUAAUGUCUGUUGGUGCGAAGAUUGUUGCCAGCAAGAAGAGGAUAUUGGAAUCAGGGCUUGAUAAAAUUGCUGGAAGGUCACCAAUUGCCAUGCCAUCCAUGAAAAAGACAAGAAAUACAUCUUCUGAUCCAGAUAUAGAGCAACCGAAUAAGUCUUCUGGAGAGAAGGUUGUUGGGAAGAACUGUGAUUCAGGAAAUAAACGUGUUCUGAGGGAACGGCAGCAUCGCAAUCAAACAAGUUUGUCGAGCAGAUCUUCUAACCGCACUAAUCAAAAUGAUAUCAAGCUGACACAGGAUCAAUCUGAUGAUGAUGAGAUUGGCCGUGAUACUUCCUACAGGAGAACUCGUAGAGGACGUAGUCGUGAUGCUGCUGCCCUUGUCGUGCCACAACAAGAUGACUCUAGUGAUUCUGAAGAAGACAUUGUUGUGAAAAAGAAUCAGCAGAAAAGGAAAAAAUCUGGGCAUAAACAAAAGGCUGGAUCUAAGUUGAAGCAUGCUUCUGCUCGUUCCAAAGCUGGUCGUUUGGGUAGGCCUGUUCUGACUAGUUCUGAAUCUAGCUCCUUAUCUCUGCAAGCAGGAAAGGGGAAAGUGAAGGUGCCUGAAGGUAAGGGGAGGUCAGAUAGAGCUUCCACUAUGAACACUGCAAGCCCAAGUGAGCAGAUAAAUACAGGAAGUCUUCGCGAAGAAAAGCAAAAAAUAAGUGAUGAGAUAAAGGCCAUACUUCUAGGUGCUGGUUGGACGAUUGAUUUAAGACCCAGGAAUGGUAGAAAUUACAUGGAUUCUGUGUAUAUACCUCCUAGUGGCAAAGGAUCUUACUGGUCAGUCACAAAAGCAUAUUAUGCGUUUCGUGAAACUAUGGAAUCUGAGCAAAAGGACAGCUCUAAAGGCCAGAGUUUAUCAAAAAAAUCUGUUGGUAGCCCUGGCAAAAGGCAAGCCUCUAAUUCUUCAGGUUGUACAUUAACAGAGGAUAUCCUUAGCAAAUUAAAAAGAGUUGUUGUAAACAAACGAACAACCAAAGUAGAGAUUCAAAGGCUGAGAAAGAAAGCAUUUAGAAAGGGUGCGUCAAAGGUAAAGAGGAAUAAGAUUACAAAAUCGAGAAGACUACAUUUAGGAAAUGAUAGAAAAAAGCGAGGUGGCUGUGCUCUACUUGCUCGUGGAUCCAACAAGGAGUCUGACAGCAGCACUGAUGGUUUUGUUCCAUAUGAGUGGAAACGUACGAUUUUCUCCUGGUUGAUUGAUCUGGAUAUUCUAUCGGUGAACACUAAGUUGAAAUGUAUGGAUGAAAGCCACUCAAAAGUUUUACUGGAAGGUAUAGUCACUAGGGAUGGGAUUAACUGCAGCUGCUGUAGUGAGGUCCUUGCAGUGCUUGAAUUUGUGGCUCAUGCUGGCGGUGACGUGAAGAAGCCAUACAGAAACAUAGUUGUAGAUGGGCUGGACAUUGAUCUCAUGCACUGUCUUACUAAUGCAUGGAAUAAGCAAUCUGAUUCUGAAAGGCAGGAUUUCUUUCCUAUUAGCAUUGAGGGUGAUGACCCCAAUGAUGACACAUGUGGUAUUUGCGGCGAUGGAGGCAAUUUGAUCUGCUGUGAUGGAUGCCCCUCGACAUUCCACAUGAGUUGUCUAGGACUGGAGGCACUUCCCUCAGAUGACUGGUGUUGUGCAAACUGCUCAUGUAAAUUUUGUCAUGAACAUUCUAGUGAUGAUACUGAAGACAUUGCUGAUGCUGAUUCUUCAUUGCGUAGUUGUUCCCAGUGCGAUGAGAUGUAUCACCAAGCCUGCUCUCCUGAGAUUGAUUCCAUAACCAGUGAUUCCGAUCCAUCAUGCAAUGUAUUCUGCCAACACAGUUGCAGACUUCUGUUUGAGGAAUUGCAGAAUCUUCUGGGAGUCAAAAAGGAUCUUGAACAAGAAUUUUCAUGCCGAGUUAUUCAGCGCAUCCAUGAUGAUGUACCAGAAACAGUUGUCGCUUUGGACGAAAGGGUUGAGUGUAACUCCAAGAUUGCUGUUGCGCUUUCGUUAAUGGAUGAAUGCUUUCUUCCGAUUGUUGACCAGAGAACUGGCAUCAACUUGAUACGCAAUGUUGUGUAUAGCUGUGGAUCAAAUUUUGUCCGAUUGGAUUUCCGUGGAUUCUAUAUAUUUAUUUUGGAACAUGGAGAUGAAAUGAUAGCUGCAGCAUCUGUCAGGAUACAUGGAACCAAGUUAGCUGAGAUGCCGUUCAUUGGUACCCGGAAUAUGUACAGGCGUCAAGGAAUGUGCCGCCGGCUUCUAGAUGGAAUUGAAAUGAUCCUCAGCUCUCUCAACGUUGAGAAGUUGAUCAUUCCUGCUAUAUCAGAACUUGUGGACACCUGGACAUCUAAAUUUGGUUUUAGUCCACUUGAAGAUUCUGAGAAGCAAGAAGUGAAGGCUAUCAGCAUGUUAGUUUUUCCUGGUACAGGUCUUCUCCAAAAGCCAUUGCUGAAGAAGGCUUUACCUGACAAAGACCCAUGUCCCUCAGGAGUGGGUGCCGUUUCCUCUGCAAACAAGGCCGGAAAACUAUCUGAUGUGGCCAUUGAAGAUUCUCUUUGCUCUGUUGCAAGUGCUGACCCCCUAGGUUCUGGGGUCACAGAGCAUAUGGACAGCAGCAAAAAUGGUGAUGGCACUUGCAAUGGUGAUGUUUCACAACAGUCUCCCCAUCCUUGAUGGGUAAGUCUGGGUGCAACUUUUGGGUCAAUCAAAUGGUGUGCCUGCUUACCAAGAGAGGGGGCCCCAAGCUUACAUGGACGAAGCCAUGAGCGCAUCCAUAUUUUUUGUACCUUUUGAGUUCGACUCAGCAAUUAGCAUAUUGGCAGAAAGAGGUUUGCAGUUUUUUUUGGAAGAUGCCUUGCAGCGGUAGCCCUGUUGUUUUGCCAGAGAUUGAUGAUUCAAUUGACUCGUCUACCUGGACUUCAGAAUCAGCCUGUGCAGUACUGAAAAGCGUGAACUCCGACCAUCUAACUUCAUGUGCAGCUGAAAACUCAGCAUGUAGAAUGUGGAUGAUAGUUCUGUUCUGUUUUCCCCCUUUUUGGUCGUUAACUAAACUCCGAGGGCUAAUGGAGCCACCAGAUAGUCGUAAAUGUUACACCAGUUGUUAAUUAGUUAAUAACUUUAUGUUUUUUGCUAGCGCAAUCCCGCAAUCAUCUCUCAUUUCUGUAACAUAUUUCUCAUCUCUGUAAGAUAAACUAAUGUAUGCGUUAGCGAGAAACUGUCCACCUGAUCUGUCAUGCCAAAUUGGUUACAAAA